CCUCAUUUGUUCGUAGGGAAUAGGUUAUUAGGUACUGUAUCUCUUUUGCUGUAUAUUGUAUUCUAUCAUUAUAUUUUAAUCCUCAACCAUGGGAAAAAUUCAAGGUGGAACUGUUGUGGAAGUGCUUGGUGAUGAAAUGACUAGAAUUAUCUGGGAAUUAAUCAAAGAAAAACUCAUUUUAAAAUAUGUUGAUCUUGAUAUUAAAUGUUAUGAUUUGGGAAUUGAAUACAGAGACAAAACAGAUGACAAAGUAACAGUAGAUGCUGCUGAAGCCAUCAAGAAGUAUAAUGUUGGAAUCAAAUGUGCAACUAUUACUCCUGAUGAGAAGAGGGUUGAAGAAUUCAAGUUGAAGAAAAUGUGGAGAUCACCGAAUGGAACAAUCAGAAAUAUCCUUGGUGGAACUGUCUUCCGUGAAGCAAUUAUUUGCAGCAAUAUUCCGCGUCUAGUGACAACAUGGAAGAAACCAAUUAUUAUUGGCAGACAUGCAUAUGGUGACCAGUAUAAAGCUACAGAUUUUGUUGUUCCUGGACCUGGGAAAUUGACUAUCAAAUUCACACCGGAGAAUGGUGACAAAGUUCAAGAAUAUGAAGUCUUCCAAUUUGAAGGUACUGGUGGAGUUGCUAUGGCAAUGUACAAUACUGAUAAAUCCAUUGGAGAUUUUGCUCACUGCUGCUUCAACUAUGCACUGGAUAAGAAAUGGCCUCUAUAUCUCAGUACCAAGAAUACUAUUUUGAAAAAAUAUGACGGGAGAUUCAAAGAUAUUUUUCAGGAAAUAUAUGAAAGAGAUUACAAAUCCAAAUUUGAAGCUUUGAAUGUCUGGUACGAACAUCGUCUGAUUGAUGACAUGGUUGCACAAGCCAUGAAGUCGGAAGGAGGAUUUGUUUGGGCUUGUAAAAAUUAUGAUGGUGAUGUACAAUCAGAUUCUGUGGCACAAGGGUAUGGUUCCCUUGGAAUGAUGACUUCUGUAUUAAUUUGCCCUGAUGGUAAAACUGUCGAAGCGGAGGCAGCUCAUGGCACUGUGACAAGGCAUUACAGACAACACCAACAAGGAAAGGAAACUUCAACAAACCCAAUAGCAUCCAUAUUCGCAUGGACCCGUGGUCUGUCACAUAGAGCAAAACUAGAUAAGAAUGAAGCUUUGGAAAAAUUUGCAAAAUCAUUGGAAACAACAUGUAUAGAAACUAUCGAGGCUGGAUUUAUGACCAAGGAUUUAGCUGGUUGCAUCAAUGGAAUUUCAAACGUUACAAGAUCGGACUACUUGAACACCUUUGAAUUUAUGGACAAGCUUGCUGAAAAUUUGGAUAAAAAAGUAUCAGCAUUGUGACUAGGACAUCAACUUAAGCUGUGAAGUAGAUGCUGUUAAAUGCCGCUAUGAAUUAAAUAUCUGGUUAAUAUCUGUUUUUUACGUAUUGUGUGCUAAAGAUUCAAGUUUUUAGAAUGAAUUUUUAUUUGUUCAUUUCAAAUAUGUUUUGUGGUAUGACAAUGUGCAAAAUGAGCAGUGACUUAAGUUCCGGUCCCAGCUUGGGUCUAAGCUCCAUAGCCAAUAAUGUUUUUAUUGUGUAGGUAUGGAGGAUUAGUAAAUUCUAAAAGUGAAAAAAUAAUUAAAUUUCUGGUAGCUCCAACAAAACUUCCCCACUCCUGGUGGUAACGAACCAUGCGUAUAUAACUCUAAGUCUAACCCUUUCUUGCUCAAUCGAAUUUCAUUUAAUUCCCAUUUGCAGUAGUAUUGCAUUGAUGUAUGUGAUAUAGGCUUUCAAAAUAAAUGAGAUUUUUUGUGAUUAAUCUAAUUAACCCAAUCCCGCUGCUGUUCCUAUAGAUAUAUUUUCAUUUUUUGUCAUCCUGCUUGCAGUUUCAUAGCCAUAAUUUAGUUGAAUGCAUAAUACACAAUGUAUAUGAUA